AUGCCUUUAGGGAGUCGGGAUGAAGGCGACGGUGCCGAACCGGGAUCGGGGCGAGCUGCCGGCCGUGCUGUUUCCCUUGCAGACCAGCAAAAAACCACAGUGAUUGAAAACGGUGAAAUCAGAUUCAACGGCAAAGGGAAAAAGAUUCGGAAGCCUCGAACCAUUUACUCCAGUCUCCAGCUCCAGGCUUUAAAUCACCGCUUUCAGCAGACCCAGUACCUGGCCCUUCCAGAGCGAGCCGAACUGGCAGCUUCAUUAGGACUUACCCAGACACAGGUGAAGAUCUGGUUCCAGAACAAGCGCUCCAAAUUCAAGAAGCUGCUGAAGCAGGGCAGCAACCCCCACGAGAGUGACCCCCUGCCCGGCUCCGCCGCCCUCUCCCCCCGCUCUCCGGCUCUGCCUCCGGUCUGGGACGUUUCAGCCUCUGCCAAGGGAGUCAAUAUGCCUCCCAACAGCUACAUGCCUGGCUAUUCUCACUGGUAUUCUUCUCCACAUCAAGACACAAUGCAGAGACCACAAAUGAUGUGAAUCGUCCAAGAGAAAUAAGCUUCCCCAAGAACGCCUCGUCUCGACAUGGCAAAAAAAGUUCCCCUGCUUUGCCAAGCCGUGCCAGCUACCAGGCUCUGUGUGAACUUGUAGAUGCGGCAAAGAGACAGAGUGGCUUCAUUUUUAUUUUAUUUUUCUUUUUUUUUUUUUUUAAAAAAGUAACCUCAGCGAUUGAUCUCGAACAGAAAGACACAAUUUUCAUUCUGGCGCACAAGAAGACACUUCUCUUUAGGAUAUUUUCCUUUGGACUCCAAGGCACCAGCCUCUUUCUCUGUGGAGUAUACGUCAAAACAAACUUUUUUUGCAGACUUUGCCCACAAGAAGAACCUGAAUCUACCAUGGCAGCCGUUUUUACUUGUUUAAUGAGCUAAAGACAUUACAUGAUGAAAGAGAGACUAGUCAAAGCUCCUUCAUUUUUAUUCACCAAAUCCGGACUGGGGGAAAACAAAAAUAAAAUUAAAAGACAGAAGAAGGGAUUAAAAAAAAAAUGAAAUGAAGAGGGAAAAAAAAAUAAAAAGAGAGAGAACUGAUUGAAAAAUGAAAAUAUACUGUAAGAUUAGAACAUUACCACGAAGCAAAACCUGCAUGCUUGCUCAAAAUGCGACGGGCUGCGGCUCAGAAGAAAUCACUACUCGUCUCUCCCGCGACAAGAGCCCCCUCACCCGCACCCGCACACACCCGCACACACACACCCGCACACGGCCGGGCAGCCUCCCGGAGACGAGCAAGGAAGGACAGAGCGAGGGACCCGCGGUGAUACCCGCCGCCGCGGUGCGGGGAAGGAAGGGUCAGCGCUGCCGCACCCGCUGAGCGAGAGGGACCUUUCCCCCGCGCAACCUUUCUGUAUAUAUUGUUGAAUUUUAGUUGUACAUAUACUUUGUAUGGUUUUGUCUUCUUUCAUAUAUAGAGUA